AUGUCUUGGGAAGUGCUGCCAGUGGAGGUACCAGAAGCAGAUACUGAAAACAUGUCUCUAGAACCACUGCCCACAGAGGUGCCAGGAGUAAAUCCUGAAAAUAUGUCUCUAGAGCUGCUCCCCACAGAGGUGCCAGGAGUAGAGCCUGAAAAUAUGUCUAAAGGGUUCCUGCCCGUGGAGGAGCCAGGACUAUAUCCUGAAAAUAUGUCUAAAGGAUUUCUGCCCAUGGAGGAGCCAGGACUGUAUCCUGACAACAUGUCUAAAGGAUUUCUGCCCAUGGAGGAGCCAGGACUGUAUCCUGACAACAUGUCUAAAGGAUUCUUGACCAUGGAGGAGCCAGGAGGAUAUCCUGAAAACAUGUCUAAAGGCUUCCAGCCCCUGGAGGAGCCAGGACUAUAUCUUGAAAACAUGUCUAAAGGAUGUCUGCCCAUGGAGGAGCCAGAAGUAUAUUCUGCAAAUAUAUCUCAAGAAUUGCAGCCCAUGGAGUUGCCAGAAGAGCUCUUCUACAUGAAAGGGAAGACCAUGAUACCAUCAAAUGCACUAGGGGAUGGAAACUCAGGCCUCGGUUCCUUGGGAGAUGGUGAAUGGCAAAAAAGGAAAGAUGACGGUACUGGGGCGGACCAAGGUGAUUUCAAGAUAGAAUCCUCUCCUUGCUACCUGUUGACCGUAAGGAUCAUCCGGAUGAGAAAUCUCCAGCGAGUGGAUGCCUUAAGCCAGGCUGAUUGCUAUGUGUCCUUGUGGCUGCCGACUGCGACGUGUGAAAGGUCACGCACUAAAACCGUGAGAAACUCUGACAAUCCAGUGUGGAACGAAACCUUCUACUUCAGAAUCCAGAGUCAGGUCAAGAAUGUGCUGGAGCUCACGGUGUAUGAUGAGGAUUUUGCUACUCCAGAUGACCAUCUCCUCUGUGCACUCUUUGAUACUGCUAAACUUCCACUUGAAAGAACAGUGAUCCUAUACUUCAAACCUAGUCCAAAUGCCACGGAGGAACUAGAGGUUGAAUUCAAAUUGGAGGUUGCAUCUGGUCCUCAUGAAACGAUUGCUAGCAAUGGAGUGCUGGUGUGUCGUGAACUUUGCUGCUUGGAAGUUGAAGUGGCAGAGAAGACGAAGCAAAAAUCAAAGAAAGAGCUUUCCCUGACUGUGAAGGGCUCCUUUGAGGGGACGCAGGAUAUUGUGCUGGGCCCCAAUGGAGUGGUCAGCCCAGCGUGUCCCACUGAGUUCCACUACAUCAAGUACGCGGAGCCAACGCUGGAUGUCAUGCUGCCAAAGAAGAGGCGCUACCACCCUUGGUCCUGUAGGUACAGCACAGAGACGGGCUCCCCUGUCGUGAUGCUGAACUCGCUGCCCAUGGGAAGGAAAACAACCAUUGCAGAGGAGAAAAGAUUUGACUUGAAUGUGACAGCAAAGACUUGCAAUUGUUCAUGCCACCAAGACCUGGACAUGCGCUUUGGGUUUAACUUAUGUUCUGAAGAGAUGGCUUUCCUGGGGAAAAGAAAGAGAUAUGUAGCAAGUGCUCUCAAAAAUGUUUUUCACCUACCACACGAUCUGCAGGAUCAAGAAGUCCCUGUCGUGGCUAUCAUCACGACAGGAGGAGGACUGAAGUCAAUGACAGGGUUGUAUGGCAGCCUCAUGGGACUCAAGAAGUUAAAUCUCCUGGACUGUAUAACAUACAUCAGCGGGCUGUCCGGCACCACGUGGACCAUGGCCAACUUAUACAGAGAUGCCUACUGGUCACAGAAGGACCUGGACUCACAUAUUGGUGAAGCCCAAAAACAAGCAACAAAAUGCAAGAUGGGCUGUUUCUCUAUGGAUCGCAUGAAGUACUACAACAAGCAGCUUUGCCAGAGGAAAGAAGAGGGAUACAGGACAUCAUUUAUAGAUCUUUGGGGUCUCAUGAUUGAGUACUUACUAAAUGAUGGGAAAGACCCCCACAAGCUCUCAGAUCAGCAAGAAGCACUGUGUGAUGGCCAGAACCCACUGCCCAUCUAUGUGUCGGUCUGCGUCCGGGACAGUUACAGCACCAAUGAUUUCAAAGAGUGGGUGGAGUUCACUCCCUACGAGGUGGGACUGCUGAAGUACGGCGCGUUUGUUCGCACGGAGCAUUUUGGAAGUGAGUUCUUCAUGGGCCGCAUGUUAAAAAAGGUCCCAGAGUCCCGCAUCUGCUACCUUCAAGGUAUGUGGAGCAGUAUAUUUUCUGUGAACCUUUUACAAAUAUGGGGACUGUCCCACAGUUCAGAGGACUUCUGGAAGAGAUGGACAGAAGACAGAAUAGAUGAAGUCGAUGAAGACCCAGUGCUGCCCACAAGACCCCACGAGCUGAGGACUCGCAUGUACACCCCGCCUGGCCCCCUGUCCAGCGCCCUCCGGGGCGCGCUGACCGACCGCUUCUCCGUGGCCCAGCACCACAACUUCCUGAAGGGCUACCAGCUGCACAACAACUACAUGGAGAACGAGCACUUCUGUCGGUGGAAAGACACUGUGUUAGACUCACGUCCCAACCAGCUGAUGCAAAGUCCUGAUCAGCUGGGCAUGAUAGAUGCUGGAUUUUUCAUCAAUACCAGCAGUGCACCACUUUUAAGGCCACAGAGGGAGGUGGAUGUCAUCAUCUAUCUAAGUUACACUACUGGAUCACAUACAUCGUCUCUAGAUAAGGCAUGUAAAUACUACUCAGAGCAGAAAAUCCCAUUCCCAACAAUUUCUUUGACUGAUGAAGAUAAGAAAAAUCUGAAGGAGUGCUACAUCUUCCAAGAUUCAGAUUUGCCAGGAUGUCCGAUUGUGAUUUUUCUUCCCCUUGUGAAUGACACCUUCCAAGAGUACAAAGCACCUGGUGUCAAGCGCUGUUGCUCAGAGAUGGAGGAAGGCCAGCUGGAUUUGACCAGCUCCUGUUCCCCCUACUGCAUGUUCUCGGUCAGAUACACCGAUGAGAACUACCGCAAGCUGCUCAAUCUCAGCGAGUACAACAUCCUCAACAACUCUCAGAUGAUUAUGCAGGCCUUGCAGACAGCGAUGCAAAGGAGAAGGCAGAAGAUGUGCUGA